AUGCCUCCUCCGCCUCCUGCCUGGGUACAAGCCCUGAAGCCCGCCGGACCCCAGGGGAGCGAGCUGCUGGCCGCCGAGCGGGCCCAGUCGGCCGUGGGGGUCGACGCCCUGGCCGAGCUGCUGCACUCGCGAGAGUCGCUGGACCGACAGAAGGAGCUGGUCGCCCUGCUGCAGUCCGAGGCUGUCUUUGAUAAAUCGCAGAGCCAGUCGCUUGGGCGCGUUGAGCGGCUGCAGCGGGCGUUGGCCAAGGGGAAGCGGCUGCACCAGUUGGCUGUUGAGCGGCGCUGGUCCUUGGAGGAGUAUCAUGCUGCGGCGGGGUUGAUUGGCGAGCCGACGCCGUAUGCGCUGCAUGCGAGCAUGUUUCUAGUUACCCUCCGUGAACAGAGUAACCCCGAACAGCGGAAGCUCUUCCUCGAGCGCGCAGAAAAAUACGAGAUCAUCGGGUGCUAUGCGCAGACAGAACUGGGCCACGGCUCGAACGUGCGUGGGCUUGAGACGACGGCGACGUGGAACCCGGAGGAUAAGACCUUCACCUUGCACUCGCCGACGCUGACGGCGUCCAAGUGGUGGAUCGGCUCGCUGGGUCGCACGGCCAACCAUGCCGUCGUCAUGGCCCAGCUCUUCGUCGCGGGCAAGAACUACGGGCCUCAUCCGUUUGUGGUCCAGAUCAGGGACCUGGAGACCCAUCAGCCGCUGGAGAAUGUCUAUGUGGGUGAUAUCGGACCCAAGUUUGGUUACAAUACCAUGGACAAUGGCUUCCUGCUCUUCAACAACAUCAAGAUCCCCCACAUCAGCAUGCUGGCGCGCUUUUCCCGCAUUGACCCCAAGACCAACCAGUACGUCCGUCCGGCGCUGCCGACUCUCGUCUACGGAACCAUGACCUGGGUCCGGGCGAACAUCGUGCUCGACGCCGGCAGCGUGCUUGCCCGCGGCGUCACCAUCGCCACCCGCUACUGCGCCGUGCGCCGUCAGUUCCAGGACCGCGACGCCGACCGCAACGCCGGCGAGACUCAAGUCCUAAACUACAAGAUGGUGCAGAUCCGCCUCCUCCCCUUGCUGGCCUCCAUGUACGCCCUGCACUUCACCGGUCGCGGCACGAUGAAGCUCUACCAGGAAAACCAGAGUCGGAUGAACGCCGCCACCCAGUCCAACGGCCAGGACUCGCGCAGCCCCGGCCCCGAGGAGCUGCGUGCCGGGGCCGAUCUGCUGGCAGAUCUGCACGCCACCUCCUGCGGCCUUAAAGCCUUGGCUAGUACCACCGCCGGCGAGGGGCUCGAGAUCUGUCGUCGCGCCUGCGGUGGCCACGGCUAUAGUAGCUACAGCGGCAUCGGCCCCUGGUACUCGGAUUACCUGCCCACCCUGACAUGGGAGGGUGACAACUACAUGCUGACGCAGCAAGUCGCUCGAUACUUGCUUAAAUCCGCUCGUGCAGUGCUGGCCGGCAAAGGAACAGGCAACGACACCAGCCAGAUCCUGCAGAGCUACCUGGCGCGCAAGGACAAGGGCGCCUCGUUCGACAUCCUGGAGGAGGACAGCGAGGUGGUGGCGGCGUUUGCGUGGCGCACGGCGUACCUCACCUUCGAGGCGCUGAAGCACCGCGACGUGGAGAAACGGUCGUGGAACAGUCUACUGGUGGACUUUUGGCGCCUGUCGACCGCACACUCGCAGUACCUGGUGGUCAAGAACUUCCACGAGGCCGUCUCAUCGCCCGAAUUGGUGGCCUCGGUGGACGCCGCCACGGCUGCGGUCCUGCGCAAGCUGUUCCGCCUGUACGCCCUGCACACACUGGAGCGCGAGGCGGCCGACUUCUUCGCCUCGGGCGCCGUCACCACGCGCCAGCUCACCCUCACCCGCACCAAGGCUGUUCUCGGCCUCCUCGACGAGAUCCGCCCGCACGCCGUCCGCCUCGUCGAUGCCUGGCAGAUCCCGGACUGGGUGCUCGACAGCAGCCUCGGACGCGCCGACGGCAACGUCUACGAGGAUCUCUUCCGCCGCGCCAGCCAGGAGAACCCCGUCAACGACCUCGUCUUCGAUCCAUACCCGUGGAACAAGGAGGUUCUCAAGGCUCCUCUGCCUAGCAAGUUGAGCAAGCUGUAG